GGUGUCAGUCGCUGGCUCGAUGUCACCUGGCUGCUCGAUGUCACCUGCUGAUGGGUGUCACCCGGUGUCACGAUGUCACCCACAGUCAGAUUGUCUUCAGCCGUUCCGGUGGUGAAUGUCACCCAGUGGCACAAUGUCACCCGGAAGCGGUGUCACCCCAUGUCUCAAUGGAUGUCACCCAAUGGCGGAUGUCAUGUGCUGGCUCGAUGUCACCUGGCUGCUCGAUGUCACCUGCUGACGAGUGUCACCCGGUGACUCAAUGGAUGUCACCUGGAGUCGGGUUCUUUACAGCCCUUCCAAUGGUGGUUGUCACCCGGUGUCACGAUGUCACUUGGAAGAGGUGUCACCCCCUGGCUCAAUGGAUGUCACCCGGUGGUGGGUGUCAGUCGCUGGCUCGAUGUCACCUGGCUGCUCGGUGUCACCUGCUGAUGGGUGUCACCCGGUGUCACGAUGUCACCCACAGUCCGAUUGUGUCUUCAGCCCUUCUGGAGGUGAAUGUCACCCGAUGUCACGAUGUCACUUGGAAGAGGUGUCACCCCAUGGCUCAAUGGAUGUCACCCGGUGGCGGAUGUCAGUCGCUGGCUCGAUGUCACCUGGCUGCUCGAUGUCACCUGCUGAUGGGUGUCACCCGGUGGCUCAAUGGAUGUCACCUGGAGUCGGGUUCUUUACAGCCCUUCCAAUGGUGGUUGUCACCCGGUGUCACGAUGUCACUUGGAAGAGGUGUCACCCCACGGCUCAAUGGAUGUCACCCCAUGGCAGAUGUCAGUCGUUGGCUUGAUGUCACCCGGAGGCGGAUGUCACCCGGUGGCGGAUGUCAGUCGCUGGCUCGAUGUCACCUGGCUGCUCGAUGUCACCUGCUGAUGGGUGUCACCCGGUGUCACGAUGUCACCCACAGUCAGUUGUCUUCAGCCCUUCCGGUGGUGAAUGUCACCCGGUGGCACGAUGUCACCCGGAAGCGUUGUCACCCCAUGGCUCAAUGAUGUCACCUGGUGGCAGGUGUCACCCGGUGUGACCUCAGGACACGCGUGGCCUUUGCUUAGUACCCGAAUGGGAUAAAUUAUCCCCCUGGAAAAGUGAUUAAAAAAUGCUAAUUUACACCUC